CGAAAAAAAGUUCCUGGAAACACAAGAAUGAGAUCUCAGGGCAGCUGCGGAGGGAUUUCUGACAGGCUGAACUUUUUCUCACUAAUCACAAACUCACCGAGAAAUACCAGAAAUGAGAUUAAAAUGAAGAGCUCGGAGGACUGAGGGGGACGUUCAACCUCACGUCUCAGUUUGGUGGACAUUGUCAGCGCAUCAGAGGCAUGUCCCUUGGAUGCCCAUUUUCCAUAUCAAACAAUUUUUAUAAAACACAGCUGCUGGAAUAAGUUUCUUCAUGAGCACAGAUCCCUUGCUGAAUCUGCCUCAGCCAUGAGUGAAAAAGGUUGUCAGCUCGUCGUGUCUCCCUGCAGUGUCUCUCCAUCACUGAAUACAAUUAGAAGGCACCAGUCCCAGACCAUUGGGACACCUGUGUCUUCUUCACCGCAACAAACCGGAUUUAGGUCGUCCAUAGGCAGAACGGAGAAAGCAAACAGAGGAAGCAUCCAUUCUUUAACUUUUAGGAAACAAAAUGAAGACCAUGUUGUCCUACCUAACCUGAGCCUCCGCAGAAAAGUUUUAACCUAUGGGAAAACCGGAAACCCACAGCAAUUGCCGACUUAUCCACUUCAGAACACAACCUUGACAACUUCCAAGAAUGUAAAGCACCUAAACUCCUAUAAUUACAACAUUAAAGCUGAUUUUGCAGUGUCUGGUUCCACUAUGGAUGUACGUGGCCCAGCAGGUGGUGUUAAUCUAACAUUGACCAGCAGUCCCAUUAGUGUUCUCUCAACAUUUCCUGCAAAGACUCUUCCCCCAUCAUCUUACAGUGUGCCGGCUUCACACACCGAUGCCAGGUCCUUACUGUCCAGGGAAUCCUUGGCAUCCACCACCCUCAGCCUGUUUGAAACCCAGUCUGUGUUUAGUGGCAAACAAGAUUGGGCAUAUGGUUACCGUGUGCUUCCUCCCGUGGGACUACCUCAGAGCUCUGCCCAGGCUGGUGAGGGCAGUGAACAGUUCAGCCUCUGCCCCAGCACGGCCAUGUCAGGGACGACCAUAUCAGGAGGAACAAGCACCUCUGCCUCCCUACCCUCGUAUCUUUUUGCAGCUGAGGCUGGAAGCCCCAAACAAUCUCAUGCGAAGAAGAGAGCUCUCUCUACGUCGCCUUUAUCAGAUGUCAUGGGGAUUGAUUUUAACAGCAUUAUACGGACCUCACCUACGUCGCUUGUGGCUUACAUCAACGGUUCUCGCAGCUCUCCGUUAUCCAAUUACACACUGUCUCCUGUUCAGUCUGAUGGAUAUGGUCAUUUCUUGGGGGUGAGAGGUCGCUGCAUACCCCACAACCAUCAAUGCAGCAUGCUAGGCUCUGCACAAGCAAUGGCCCCGCCAUCAGAGUGCGGCCACAUGCAGCUGCUUGAAGAGGGAGGAGGUCUGGAGAACCAGAUGGCUAACAUGAUGGUGGGGCCGCAGCGCCUUUCAGAUGAAGACGGGUUCCUGGAUAAGAUUUCAGACCGUUGUAGCCAAAUGUCCAACAGCAUUUUACCACAUCUAGAGUCAGAGCCAGCAUCAUUAAUGAGAGUCCAAGAUGCUGCUGCUCCAUAUGGGCCUCCACCCCCUUACCACUCACACCAUCAUAUAAACCCUUCCAGACAUCACUGCAAAAUGAAGGACCAAUCUCAGGACAAUGCCACACAGGCUCCAAUGUUUCCACACAGGCAUGGAGUCAGCUUUUUACCACAAAUUCCCAUGCUGGAGGAGGAGGAAGGGGAGGUGGAGGACUGCGGCACACACUGCUGCAGGUGGAUGGAUUGCACUGCAGUGUACGACCAAAAGGAGGAGCUGGUAAGGCACAUAGAGAAGCUACAUGUGGACCAGCAAAAGGCAGAGGACUUCACGUGCUAUUGGGUUGGCUGUCCACGAAACUUUAAGCCAUUUAACGCAAGAUACAAGCUUCUUAUCCACAUGAGGGUCCACUCCGGAGAGAAACCCAACAAAUGCUCGUUUGAAGGCUGCAACAAGGCUUUCUCUCGGCUUGAAAACCUGAAGAUCCACUUGCGCAGUCACACGGGGGAGAAACCAUAUCUGUGUCAGCACCCAGGGUGCCACAAGGCGUUCAGCAACUCGAGUGACAGAGCUAAACACCAGCGAACACACCUGGACACAAAACCAUAUGCCUGCCAGGUGCCUGGUUGUGCAAAACGUUACACUGACCCCAGUUCAUUGAGGAAACAUAUGAAGUCCCAUUCUACCAAAGAGCGGCAAUUACGGAAGAGGAUGAAAUCCUCGGCUGAUGCAACCCAAGACACACUGACAGAUUGUUUAACCAUUCACCCUCUACACCCUAAUAUUUCCCCUCCGGCAAGGCUAGACAACAGCUUGAACCCAGCUCUUGGUGCAACGCAAGGACAGGAGUCUUAUAGUCCCCAACUGGCUCAGAUGUUCUCCAUGAAAGAUAACUACAGGUUUGUUGAUCAGCUGAUCUCCAGGGAUCCUUCUGGGCCUUCUUCCUCCAUCUGCCACCCUCUUCCUCCUAGCGGACUGGCGCUGCUGAACAACUGUGAUCUGAAGCAACUUGGCCAGCCUCCAGAUGUGGUAGAUCAAAGCCCAGGAUUUGCCGUCCACAUUGAGAAUCAAGAUGCCUCUCCUAAUCAAGAGCUGCAUGGUGGGGAUUACUUCUGUAUGGUGGACCACAGCACAAGCAAUAUCCCCAGCAUUUACACAGAAGCAUGAUGCCACUCACUUGUCGGUGGUUUGCACUACUUUGUAUCUCUCAAUAUUCAAAUUACAUGUUUAACAAUAGAACUACAUUGUGAAAUAAAUUAUGAAAGAAUGUGCAUUCCUGGGGGUAAAACUUACAGGAGCCUUCAAGAUUUUCAUGAUUCUUUACUAAUUAUUACACGGCUUGGGUAUAACAUUAGGUACUUUCAGGUGGCAUUUUGCACAAUGUCAACUCUGCAAUCAAAGCAAAGUAUGCAAGAGAUGAUUUAUUACAGUUUUUUCUUAGAACCGUGUCCUGGUAACUAUAGUAACAAGACAGCCUUUAUUGUUUGACAGCAAUGUCAUACAUAUUACUUGUGGCUUGAAUAUAGUAAUGUGCGAUGAGUGCUCCUGUGCUUAGAUGAUGAUGCAAAUUGAUGUUUGAUUACACCAGUGGCUUUAAAUGCUUCAUUACUACAUUUUUUUUAUUUUAUUUGACAACAUGGUUGACCCUAAAUGAAAACGAGACAUAAUGCUUUACAGACCUCUUCAUUUCCAUUUUAUUUCAAUAUGGUAAGACAAGGAACUUGACAUAGGCACACUGUUAUAAUAACCAGUUUAUAAUAAUAGUCACUUGUUUCCAUUUUAAUGAAUGAUCAAAAUUUACAUUAUUUUCAAAUAAGUUACAUGAUUUAAACUGAAUUUUCAAGCUGUGUUAGAUAAGAGAAGUAAACAUUUUGUUACUCUUAUAUGUGGUUUUCAUUCAGUUCUGUAUAAAAACAUUUAACAAAA